GUGAGUGUGAGUGUGGGAGCGUGUGGUUGGGCAGUGUCUACACCCGUGCGCUCUCUCCCCUCCUCCCCAGCCAUACACUAGGCUGUGUGCAGUAGAAGGGCUUGUAUUUCUCUGUCUAUCCAGCGCGCACUGCCCUCCAGACACACCGGAGACACACUGACAGUCACCCCGUCACACGGCUGCCCUUCCUGUCACCCUCUCGUCACAGCCGUGUGCCCAUCUCUGGCUGGAAGAAGAGCCGCUGCCGCCUCCAUGCUGGCGAGAGGACGCGCUCCAGGAUCCGUCUCCCAGGGAAGGGUCGCCGGGGUCUGGGGAUGAGAUCCCGGCCACACAGCGAAUCCAGCACGGGAUGAGAUGAGGAGGUCGCUGCUGCCCCUCUGACCACCAUUAACCCCUCUCGGUCCUCCCUGUGCAUGCAUUCCGGUGCGAGAAGCCAGCCUGCACCAUCUACUGCCAGAGACCAGCACAUUGCAGUCUGCAGGAGCCGACAAGGGCCUUCCAGCCGACAAAGGACUCCCAGCGCAGGGUCCCAGUGUAAUAUGGCGGACACUGAUGAGGGAUAUGAGAUGCCUGAUACUCCGGUGGAAGCAGACCCCAAGGAGCUCCAGUGUGAUCCUAAGCAGGACAGCCAGCUGGGGGCCAGCAGCAAGACCCCCACCUCCCCCCCAGCCGCCUUUACCCAGCAGGGCAUGGAAGGCAUCAAGGUGUUCCUGCACGAGCGGGAGCUAUGGAUGAAGUUUCAUGAAGUAGGCACCGAGAUGAUCAUCACCAAGGCCGGCAGGCGUAUGUUUCCAAGUUACAAGGUAAAAGUUACUGGCCUCAAUCCGAAAACCAAAUAUAUCCUUCUCAUGGAUAUUGUGCCAGCGGAUGACCACAGAUACAAGUUUGCUGAUAAUAAAUGGUCAGUUACUGGGAAAGCGGAACCUGCAAUGCCUGGGCGUCUGUACGUUCAUCCAGAUUCUCCUGCUACUGGUGCACAUUGGAUGAGGCAGCUGGUGUCGUUCCAGAAACUGAAGCUCACUAACAACCACCUAGAUCCUUUUGGACAUAUCAUUCUGAAUUCUAUGCACAAAUACCAGCCACGGCUUCACAUAGUUAAAGCAGACGAAAACAAUGGAUUUGGGUCCAAGAACACCGCUUUCUGUACCCAUGUUUUCUCAGAGACUGCAUUUAUAGCUGUAACAUCUUACCAAAACCACAAGAUAACCCAGUUAAAGAUUGAAAACAACCCAUUUGCCAAGGGAUUUCGAGGAAGUGAUGAUAUGGAGCUGCAUCGUAUGUCCAGGAUGCAAAGCAAGGAGUAUCCUGUUGUUCCAAGAAGCACUGUGCGACAAAAGGUUUCAUCUAACCACAGCCCAUUCCCCUCUGAAUCACGCAAUAUAACUAGUUCCUCAAACCUCAGUUCCCAGUUUCAGUGUGAGAACGGUGUAAGCAGCACCUCUCAGGACUUAAUGCCUCCUUCUAACUCAUAUUCUUCCUUGCCGCAUGAGCCUGGACCUAUAUACCACUGUACAAAAAGAAAAGCGAGUGAAGAGUCAGCUGAACAUACUUAUAAGAAGCCCUAUAUGGAUACAUCUCCUAGUGAGGAAGACCCAUAUUACAGGUCUGGGUACUCGCAGCCAUCCUCCUCCUCUUCAUCUUCAACAUCCUUUCGCACAGAUUCUGCCCAACGCCAGGCCUGUAUGUACGCUAAUUCAACACCUACCACAGAACAAGUUACAGGCAUAGAAGACAUUUCUUGUAAUAGUUGGUCGAGUGUACCAUCCUAUGGCAGCUGUACUGUGGGAGGAGGGAUGCAAUCCAUGGAACGACUGCCCUAUCAGCACUUCUCUGCUCACUUCACCUCCAGCUCACUCAUGCCCAGACUGGGUAACCACGCUGGUACACAAUCUGCCGAAACCCACACUAUGUUUCAACAUCAACCUUCUCACCAGGCUAUUGUGAGGCAAGUUGCUCCACAGUCUGGAUUACAACAGGCCUCGUCACUUCAGUCCUCUGACUUCCUCUACCCACAUGGUGUUCCACGGACCCUAUCCCCACAUCAGUACCACUCUGUCCAUGGGGUGGGCAUGGUGCCAGACUGGAAUGAGAACAGCUAACAAAGCAGGCAUGAGACAAAUGUGUUGGGUAAAGUCUAAGCAAAGUGUCUCUAGGACUGCACAAAGUGGACAUAUGUCGAAAGGACAAGAUUUGUACUAUGAGCUGUUAUUCCUUGAACACCUCAAAACAAACAAACAUUCACCUUGGUCUUUCACUUUCUCCCUAUUUCUUCUGACACCAGAAUCACAAAUAGGACAGAAAGGAAUGUUGGAUGGCCGAUAUGUUGGUGGAAAAAAUAAGUCUGUUGGAAAGAGCCUAUGGAAAGGCUUUGCACUUCACAUAGCAGGCUGCACCAUGAUGGUGCCCACAUAUGUAAGAAAGAAAGUAAAAAAACUCAUGCACUUCAUGAAUUCACCUGCAUGCCUCUGCCAUAAAUAAUUGGUGUUUGCAGUGUCUUACACUGUGUGAUAUUGGAGGCUGGAACUAUGGGUUUAGAAACGUCAGCAAAAAAGUGGACACAGCAAGGUUGUGUUAGAGAGCGGCAAUGAUUCCAUCAUGCAUCUAUGCCUUGCAGGAUAUUCUAGUGUUGUAAUUUUAUUUUAAUUUUUUUUAAAGGGGGGGUAAGGGCUAAUACAUUUACAAAUCCACACAUAAAUGUACACACAGCCUAAAGUGUAUGUGUACAAGAUGUGAUAUUUAACACAACACAAAACCAUUUUUUUCAAAACCAUAACACAUCCAAAUAGCCCAAGUCUAUUCAGCUUCAGGUUUUACAUUUUUUUUUAUUUGUGGUCAUCCUUGGUACAACAUUUAUACAUUUCACACAGAUUCUACCGCUUUUGUUUUCAAGUACAACGUUACAAAAGCAUCUCCCU